AUGUUUAUUUUCGUCGCUUUAUUAUACUGUAAUCUACUGGCUGAGAUCAGCCGUCCACGACGGUUUCGCGACCAUCCGACGCCCAAGGGUGGGUGUACCCCGGCACCCCCGAGGCCGCCGUCUCUGGCCAGCGUGCCCGAGAACGGUGUAGGUUGGAGACACGGCAACGACCAUCAACACAGGGCCAGCUUUUGGGCGGAGAAAGGGUCCAUAUCGCCCUUGACUAACGAUGCUGGUGACUCCAAUGACAAGUUCAACAGCUGUUUUGGAGAUAGGUGCAAGUUGUCGCCGGUGGGUGAUCCUAGUGUGCCGUGGUGGGAGCUGGCUACCAGGAAGAGUCGGUACAGGAGCUGUCCAGCGCUGGAGAUGCAUACUUACUCGUGUGAUGUCUUCCGCCAAACAGCCGGCCUCGUGAAGUGUAGAGAGGAAAGAGAAGGAGGGAAAAUAGGGAAAUCAAAUAUAGAUAGAUAG